AUGUUUCUGCACCAAAUACUCAUGGCGGCCUCGGCUGCCGCCUUCCUCGUCGUUCCCGAGACGGUCGAUCACGGCGAGGAUUCUUUCAGCGCGCUCCCGUUCGACGCCUAUACCGCCGAUAUUCCCGCCCACGCCAUGAGCCAGACUGUGGAUGUACCAUGCAGCGGCUGCGAGGGCGACCAAACCCACCUCAGCAUGGAGCUUGCCGUGGAGGAUGGCACCCGGCUGACCAUGAACGGCUUUGAGCUCUAUCCCAGCACCGACCCGUGGCGCGGCGACUUGAUGGCGACGGUAGUCGAGGGCGAACAGCAGCAGGACCAAAAGCUUGGCUAUGCCAUGGCUGUUACUCCCAUGGGGUAUGAUGAGGAUCAAGCCCUGGAGGUCAUUAAGGUUUCCUUGCACAUUAUCGAGGUCGGGUUCGAAUUCAUCGACGACAUCCCCAAGGUCGACAUCACGCUCAUCAAGGCCCACACCAAUGAGAUCCUACUGGGCGAUGUUCGCAUGGAGGAGCAGAGUCGACCCGCUUGCGAGAGCAUGUUCUGUCAGGUCAAGCAGGGUAUCGACAAGGCGUGGAAGGGUCUCAAGGCUGGCUGCAACAAGCACCACGGCCACCAUGGCCACCACGGACACCACAGACACCAGGGCAAGCCUCACGCCCAGGCUGAUGGAGAGCGUCUCCAACCUGGACGUCAUGGUCACCAUGCCCACGCCCACAACUGGCUUGGUCUGCUCAAGUUCAUUGCGAUCGACAUCGCACUUCCCGUCCUGACGUUGGUCGUGGCAGGCGUCGGUUUUGCACUUCUCUUCAUCGGCUUUUGCUGCUUCAUUGCGGUUGUCGCAAAUUUCCGCCGAAUCAUCUGCAAGUCUUCUAGCUCCAAGGCUCGCCCUACUGAACCGGCUGCCGAGGAAGAGAAGACAGGUCUCAUGGAGACCGAGGCCGACGACCAGGAGCCCCCGCCUCAGUACGAGGGCCGCCAAGGCCACGUUCAGCUGUAA